AUGGUCUCCAAACUUGUGGCCUCUCUCGUACACUUACUCAGAACGGGGAACGGUCAACGGUGGCGGAGAGCAUCGGAGAUGCCGGAGGUGAUCUGUGGUGCGGUGGACGUCGGCCGUGCCGCGCCGAGGGGCGGAGGAUCUGCCGUGGCUCCAACUUCUCCCUUGGGGUCAACGGCGAUCCACUACCACCCCUACCCUACCGGUGAUGGGGACAUGUGGUGCGGCAGUCGUCGAAGGGUAAUAAUUAAUCGGAGGCGGAGAGGAGGGGACACGCUCAAAGCGAGUACCAGAAGGUCGAUGGGGAUUGUCGGGCACAAAUAUGCUCGAGGGAACCCAGAGGUCUACACCGCAUGGAACUAUCAAAAGCUUGUGGUUCAGCACAGUAUCAAGGAGCUUUCUGACCAGCAGGCCAUAGAGUCUGUUGUUGAUGAUGAGCUAGGAGUGGCGCAUUGA